UAAACUUUCUAAAACAGUUUAUAUGAAAGGAUAAACCAUUCACACCCCGUACUUAUGUUAAAUGAUCAACAGCAGUUUGAUUUUUAUCACGUCUUAUACCGCAGUAGUGGAAGAAGCCUUGUCAAUCGAUUCACCCUUCAAACCCGCAGCUCUCGCUCCGCCUGACUCAGUCUAUUUCAUUACGACACACGGAAUAGGGGUUAAAGACGAGCCUCGACUCAAGGCAAGCUCAAGAUGUCUAUUUCAAAUGCACAAGCGACACCAUCCAUCCAGAUAUGCAGGAUCAUGCGUCCUGAUGAUGCCAACAUUGUUGGUAAUGUUCAUGGUGGCACUAUCCUGAAGAUGAUUGAGGAAGCAGGUUGCAUCAUUGGCACACGCCACUGCAAUACUCAAACUGGGGAUCGCUGUGUAGCUGCCUUGGCCCGGGUGGAGCGCACAGACUUCCUGUACCCAAUGUUCAUCGGUGAAGUAGCCCAUGUCAGUGCUGAGAUUACCUACACCUCCAAACACUCAGUUGAGGUGCAGAUCAAUGUUCUCUCAGAGAACAUAGUCACAGGUACCAAAAAAGUGACCAACAAGGCAACACUGUGGUAUGUCCCACUCUCCCUUCAAAAUGUGGACAAAAUCAUUGAAGUUCCUCCUAUUGAGUACUCCAGCUCAGAGCAGGAAGAAGCAGGAAAAAAGAGAUAUGAGGCUCAGAAAUUAGAGCGAUUAGAGACCAAAGAGAGGAAUGGUGAGAUCCUCAUGUCUGUCUCUCUUCCAGAUAGACAGACAAAAGAGCCUUACACUGUUGCAUUUAGUCAGUCAAGUCUGAUCCACCUCAUUGGCCCAUCUGACUGCACGAUGCAUGGCUUUGUACAUGGAGGUAUUCUGUCUCUUCUAAUCUCAUCUUACAUUUUGUUGGAUUGGCUGUUAAACCUGCCAUCCAGAGGACAUUCAACACAGCAUUCAGUCUACUCAGGUGUGACAAUGAAGCUCAUGGAUGAGGUCGCAGGGAUUGUUGCUGCCCGUCAUUGCAAGACCAACAUUGUGACGGCAUCUGUGGAUGCCAUUAACUUCCAUCGUAAGAUCAAGAAAGGCUGUGUCAUUACUGUUUCCGGGCGAAUGACCUUCACCAGUAACAAAUCAAUGGAGAUUGAGGUUUUUGUUGAUGCUGAAUCACUGGUGGAGGCUGAGAAGGGAAAAUAUAGGGCUGUCACAGCCUUUUUCACCUAUAUCUCCCUGGACAAAGACAACAAGCCCCUUCCUGUGCCACCACUGAAGUUGGAAGGUGAAGAGGAGCAGAAGCGGUUUGAAGAAGGGAAAGCGCGCUACCUGCAGAACAAAGCAAAGAGACUCACAGAUAAGGAGCGUCAACAAUGACUUUAACAACGCAAACACCAUAUUGUGUUAUAGAAGAAAGCUCUGGAAUAAUAGAGCAUCAACGUACAACCUACUAUAUUAAGAACCUCUUUUAUUCUAAAUGUAGCUCACCCAGUAGAAAGAAAAAUAUAGGUUUAAUUGACUGUUGUCUGCAUUUACCAAAGCACUUUGUGUGUAUAUUUAUCUCAAGUGAAACAAAAAAUUUAAAUGUUUUAUUGUAACAAGUUAUUUGUGAAAUCUGCAGAACUGUAUUAUGCACAAAUAAAAGCCUACUAAUGUAUAACUGA